AUGGAAGAUCCUGUUCUACUGCCGAAACUCCAGGAGCCUCCUUUGGCCUUCGUGGAUAACUCGUCGGACGGAAUUACUACUUCGGCUUCACUGCCGGAGUCGGACCCGGUGUCUGAGGUCUCAUCCUCUCGUCCUCCAACUGACCGCGGCUCCGUGGGACAACCUGAUCUUGACCUGUUGUCCUCGGCGUCGAAUCCCAAGAAUGCGGGCGACGUGUUGCUGUUGCGUGACAACGAACAAGACUCAUUCUCUGAUGUCGAGUCGGUUGUCAGCGAAAGCGAGGACGAAAUUGAAGCGACUAAGGUGGGUGUCUUAUAAUUUUGACUUUAGUUUUCGAAUUGGUUUUUUAAACUUUUGAGAAGUUAAUUUUAGUAGUUUUAGGCUAAGCUUUCUAUGCUUAAAAUCGGCCAAACUAUGGCCGACGAUCCUCAACAAUACACUCAAGUCGUAGUCUCUCGUCCAGCCGUCGGUCAACGCGGCCGAACCAUUCCCUUACGUGCCAACUUUUUCGAGAUCCGUAUUGCCCAGAACGGUCUCCCAAUUCACCAAUACCACGCUGAAAUUCACCACCCUGGCAUGAGAACUUUGGACCGGUAAGUGGUUUGAGGGCAACCGACCGGUUGAAAAGAGAAAGGAAUUCUGAAUUAUGGUAAAAAUUUAAAAAUGUUAUUUUUAGUGACGAAUCACGCUUGAUUUUCUGGAAGAUUGUCGAGGAGGGUCAGCACGUGUUCCGCCAACGCUUCGCUGUCGCCUAUGAUGGCGGUCAUCAGAUGUACACCACGGAGCGUCUGCCAUUUGGUGAGAGUAUCACUUUGGAGGCCCAUGUUUGUUUGGCUCGCGAUUCAUCUCGUGGUACCCAAUGCGGUGUCACUCUUCGUUAUACUGGUUCAAUCUUAUUGGAGGACAUGAGUAAAGUUCGUUCUCAUAGUGAUGGAACCGUGGCCCCGCUACAGGUCUUGGAUAUCGUCGUUCGCCAGGCAUUGACUUGUCCGCUUUAUAGGUCAGUUUUAUAGUUUUAUGCUUAAAAUAAUGUCGUUUUAAAAAUGGUUUUGGGUUUGUUAAAUGGCAAGUACUUUCAUAUUAUGUUUGUAAAGUUUGUCAAAAACUUUGCUUCUAGCAAGUCGAAGCAAUUCUAUUCGUGGAAGAACUCGUGUUACCGUCUCCCAGUUAACGGUCAGCCGGCUCUCAAUCUGGACGGUGGCAAGGAAAUGUGGACUGGGUUCUUCACCUCAGCUACACUGGGUUCGGCGUGGACGCCGCUUCUGAAUGUGGACGUGGCUCACACCGCCUUCUACAAGCCCAGAAUGACGUGCAUCGAGUUUUUGUGUGAGAUCCUCAACGAACGUUCUCACGGUUCGUACGAUCGUGGACCACGUCAAGGAGGUCACAAUGUUGGCAGAGGUGGAGGAGGCCGUCACGAGGGCAUCAGUGGGUUGUCGGUAGGUUUACACAUGUGAAAAAAAAACGAAUUAUUGCAAUUUAAAAUCGAAACGUCAGUCAUUUUUGUUUUAGGCAGAUCGUCUUCACUCGGACGCAUGCCUCUCGACCAAUGAACUCCGUGUCUUUGCCGAAGCAAUGCGCGGCCUGAGAGUCCGUGCCAACUACCAGAAGGGAUCGGACCGUGUUUACCGUGUGAAUGGAGUUCGUGGACCAGCCAAUGUAAUGUCGUUCCCGACUCGUGACGAAGCUGGCAACGAGAUCAUGGUCACUGUAGCCGACUACUUUGCGGCUCGUUAUCGACCACUCCAGUUCCCAUCUCUGCCCUGUCUUCAUGUUGGACCUCCAAUUCGCAACAUUCUGUUGCCGUUGGAAGUCUGCAUCCUGGACACUCCACAAAAGUACACUCGCAAGUUAAGCGAUCGCCAAACUUCGACCAUCAUUCGAGUGAGUUGGGCUGGUUUUGAGUGAAGUUUUGACUUAUUAUGUUUUUGCAAUAGUAUUCUUUCUUUUUAGGCUUCUGCCGUUGAUGCGCAACAACGUGAGAACAACAUUGAGAAAUUGUGCGAGAUGGCCGGCUUCCGCGACGACCCCUUCCUGAAGUCGUUCGGCUUGCAAAUCGAUACCAAGAUGAUCGAGACGGUCGGCCGUGUUCUUCCUCCACCUCAAAUCCUCUACGGCAACCAACGCCAAGACGUGGUAACUCCGAAGGACGGGGUGUGGCCAGUGGAACAUCAACGACUCUACGUGCCGGCCGAGUGUGGAUCGUACUCGAUCUUUGCACUGGUCGAUCCCAAAGAACAGCCGGUUCUGCAAAAGUUCUGCCACUUUUUAGGUCAAAAGGCCCAACAAAUGGGUAUGAACUUCCCGCAAUGGCCAGAGUUUGUGCGUUACGGCCGAAAUGCCAACGACAUUGAGGCCAUGUUCCGUCAGACUGCUCGCGACUGCAGAGAACUGGGCCGUCAAUGUGAUUUGAUCAUCAUUAUGCUCCCAAGCAAGAAUUCUGACUUCUACAGUAAGUUUUACAGUAACUUUGUGAAGAAUGCCGCCUUUAAAGGCUCACAUUUUGUAAAAAUAAAGAUACUUUAUAAAAAAUAUUGUUUUAGUGACGAUCAAGGAGCUGUCUGACAUGCGCUACGGUGUCAUGUCGCAGUGCAUCUUGUUCAAGUCCACUCAGCGUCCAUCUCCAGCUACUUGUGCCAAUUUGGUACUAAAGAUUAACAUGAAAUUGGGAGGAGUCAACUCUCGUUUGGUCGCCGAUCAGAUCACUUCGAAGUACCUGGUUGAUCGACCAGUUCUGGUCUUGGGAAUCGACGUUACUCACCCAACUCAAGCUGAAGAACGCAUUGGAAUGCCAUCGGUCGCAGCGGUCGUCGGCAACCUCGACAUGAUGCCUCAGAGCUACGGAGCCAAUGUUAAGGUAGGCUUGCUUGAGUAUUAUAUAUUUUUAACUCUUGUGAAGUUUUCAAAGUUCUUGACUUCAUGAUUGUUUCUUUCCAGGUUCAGCGUCGUUGUCGUGAGUCGGUUGUCUACGUCACUGAAGCUGUUCGUGAGCGUCUGUUGGCCUUUAUGGCUUCGACCCACCGGCACCCUGAGCGCAUCAUUGUCUACCGUGACGGUGUCUCUGAUGGCCAGUUUGCGGAAGUUUUGCGUGAAGAACUGAAUGGCAUCCGUGCUGCUUGUGGCAUGGUUUCUCAGGACUACAACCCGCCCAUCACCUACAUCGUUGUCCAGAAGCGUCAUCAUGCCCGAAUCUUCUGUCAAAAUCAACGUGACAUGGUCGGUCGUGCCAAGAACGUUCCACCGGGUACCACUGUUGACACUGGCAUUGUGUCUGCCGACGGCUUUGACUUCUAUCUAUGCUCACACUUUGGAAUUCAAGGCACUUCGCGCCCGGCUCGUUAUCACGUUUUGUGGGAUGACAACGGCUUCAACGCCGACGAACUCCAGGCCAUGACCUACCAUCUGUGCUACACUUAUGGUCGUUGUGCUCGCUCUGUCUCUAUUCCAGCACCAGUUUACUAUGCGGAUUUGGUCGCCAACCGUGCUCGUUGCCAUUUGAAGAGACACAUGUGAGUUUGACUCUUUUUGAUUCAUGGUAUUUUGAAUUGUCACCUCUGAAUUUUAUGAAAGUCAUUAUUUUUUGAAUUUCAGUGCCGACCUCCGUGUCGAUGGCAAUGGUCCAUCUGGAGCCAACAAGAUGAACCACAAUAGUCGCCAGACUGAGACGAACAAUGACCAAAUCAUGCAGAACUUCGUGGCCGUGACCGAGAACUUCAAGCAACGCAUGUACUUCGUCUAA